CAUAGAGAUCAAACGUAAUUCACAAAAUGCUCUCGUUUCUCAUACCAGUUGUACAGCUUUUUCAGGUGGUUAUCGCUGCCAUAGGAUCUGUAGUCUUCUUAGUGUUCGCUGGUAUAAGCCUCGGCGGCUCAGUCGUAGGACUAAUCAUAGCCACACCCCUUUUUGUCAUCUUCAGUCCGAUUCUUGUACCAGCCACUAUAACCACUACUCUCGUAGUAGGCGGGGUUGUGGGAGCUGCCGCCCUCGUAGUGACGGCAUUUGCUCUCGUAUUUUGGCUAUUUAAAUAUAGGAUUGGAGUAAAACCAAAGAACAAUCCACCUCCUAAGGGAGCCCCAACCAAAGCAGAUAUACCGGGAGCAACGUCAGGAGAUAAACCACCAGGAGGUAUUGCAGGGGGAGCGCCGGAUGGAGCAUCAGGAGGAACGUCGGGAGGAGCAUCGUGGAAGAAAUCUGGAGGAGCGUUGGGGAAGAAAUCCGGAGGAGCGUCGGGGAAUAAACCCGGAGGAACGAAGGGGGAUAAGCUCGGAGGAGCGCCUGGGGAUAAACACGGUGGAGCGAAGGGAGACAAACACGGAGGAGCCAAGGGAGAUAAGCUCGGAGGAGCUCCCGGGGAUACACACAGCGCAGCGAAGGGGGAUAAACCCGGAGGAUUGAAAGGGGAUAAACCCGUUGGAGCCAAGGGGGAUAAGCUCAGAGGAGCCAAGGGGGAUAAGCUUGGAGGAGCAAAAGGGAAUAAACCCGGGGAAAUGCAGGAGAGUAAAUCCGUUGGAGCCAAGGGGGAUAAGCUCGGAGGAGCCAAGGGGGAUAAGCUCGGAGGAACCAAAGGGGAUAAGCUUGGAGGAGCAAAAGGGAAUAAACCUGGGGAAAUGCAGGGGAGUAAACCCGUUGGAGCGAAGGGAGAUAAACCAAGAGGAGCUUCGGGUGGUAAACCUGGGGGAGGGACUGAAAAGAAACCGCGGACUUGUUUGUAAGGAUGAUAUGUAACAAAUUGAAACUUAAUUAUUUGGGUUUCAUAAAUUAAACCUAAUGUAGCUAUCCUAUUAAUUACAUGUCUCAAAUAUCAUUUGUAUUAAUGUGUACUAUAAAACACUGCACGCAUUUUUCAUUAUAAAUUUUUUUAAAUGAAAUAAUUCUUCGGUACUAACAUACAUGAAUGAGACUGGA